CUAGCGGCAGGAUUUCUGUCCCAGCGUGGCCGGGAGGGGAGCCUGUGAACGGUAGGAGGCUGGGGGGAAGAUGCCAGCCAUCCUCGUGGCCUCAAAGAUGAAGUCGGGACUCCCCAAGCCAAAGCCGGUGCACAGCGCCCUGCCGAUACCCCAGACCCCCAGCAGGCCAUCUGCUCUGCCCCUCCAUCCAGCACCCAUCAAGAGCAACAUCCCCUCCUUCGGCCAGCAGGUGGGCUCAAGACCCCCGAGGAGCGGGAGCGUCACGCCGGAGUCAGAGGAGGAUGGAAACACUCAGAUCUACACGGACUGGGCCAACCACUACCUUGCCAAGUCCGGACACAAGCGGCUGAUCAAGGAUCUGCAAACGGACGUCACGGACGGAGUGCUGCUGGCUGAGAUCAUACAGGUCGUAGCCAAUGAGAAGAUUGACGACAUCAAUGGCUGCCCCAAGAGCCGCUCUCAGAUGAUUGAGAACAUAGACGCCUGCCUCAGUUUCCUGGCAGCCAAAGGAGUCAACAUCCAGGGUCUGUCUGCAGAAGAGAUUCGAAAUGGCAAUCUGAAAGCCAUCCUCGGCCUUUUCUUCAGCUUGUCGCGCUACAAACAGCAGCAGCAGCAGCAGCAGCAGCAGGCCCAGCGGCUGAACUCGCAGCCCUCUCUGCCCCCAGCGGUCCAGUCCCAGCACGCCCACCCCCCCCUCAGUCAGCAGAGCAGCGCCCCGGCCCAACUCGGCCACUCUCCGCAUGGGACUCCAACCACGACGGGCCAGAAAGCAGCACAGGCCGAGAUGCAGUCCAGGGAUGGGUCUCAAAGUAAACUGCUCAAGUUUUCGCUUGGUCAGAAAAAGAGCUCUAGACUUCCUGGCCCCACGACGAGGGUGUCCACUGCUGGCGGUGACAUCCCUCCGCGGGGCUCGGUCGCCGCUGCCGGGAACCGACGCAGCCAGGCCUUCAGCGACAAGACCAAAGCCAACGCACACCUGAACAAAGAUUCCUCAGAGGGCGUGACUUCGCAGCCUUCGGCGAUGACUGAGCAUGCUCCGUCGUCCGCAGUGACCGUCGGCUCCUCCGCCAGCGCUCCCGCCACUACCUCCACGCUGAUCCCCCCCUCGUCUUCAUCCUCUUCCUCCUCCACGGCCAUUCCCCAGCCCAGCAGCAACGGGAAGCCUUGGAGGAGCAAGUCGACCAGCUCCAAGCACGCUUCUUCUCACCCCCCCUCCUCCACGAGCAGCCCCUCAUCUGCCAUGCAGUCCGGCAAGCCGGAGAAGGACGCUUCAAGUAAGACCGCCCCCGCCACAGAAGCUCCUCCGAAGGCUGCCGCUCAGAAGUCGAUGCUGGAGAAGCUUAAACUGUUUAACAGUAAAGGGGGCUCCAAAUCCUCCACUGCCUCCUCCUCCUCCAAUGGGGUGGGGGCUCAGAACGAACAUGUUGCACCAGCGAGGCAGACUGGAGCGGGGCAGGUGGAGAGAGCCGAGACCGGCUCCAACACAGACCCCCUGGAGGAGGAUGAUGGAAAUGUCCGUCCAGGACUGACCAGCAACGGGACAGCGGCCCCCUCAGCCGGCACCACCGUUUCCACCACCGCCAGCAGCCCCAAAAUCGCUCUGAGGGGUAUCGCCCAACGCACUUUCAGCAGAGCUUUGACUGCCAAGAAGGGCUCCGUGAAAGGCCCCGAGAAGGACAAGGACAGAGGGAAGGAGAAGGCCAAGGAAGUUGGGAAACGUGUCUCUGUUAACGACAGGACCGAGCUGAGAGGAGAGGAGCUGAAGGAGGAAGCAGCACCCGUCGCCGCAGACGCCGACGGCUCAAACAAAAAGACUUCUAAAAUCGCCAGUUUCAUUCCCAAGGGGAGCAAAGUGGCCAAAAAGGAGGGAUCCACACCUGCACACAGCGGAAUACCAAAGCCAGGAAGCAAAGGCCCGGGGGUCGGGAGCAAAGCUUCCUCAGCAAAGGAGGCCGGCGAGAGGCCCCGCAGCAUGCGGUUAGGAGGGGGCCUCGCCAUGCACCGGGGGCCCCUGGACAAAGACCGGGACAGCAGACACUCCAGCUCUACCUCCAGCCUGGGCUCCACAGAGGGGAAGACCAGCGCCGCCCCUGUGACAGGAGGAGGCACGACGCAGAGCACAGCCAGCAACACCGUCAGCGUGCAGCUACCUCAGACGCAACAGCACCACAGUCACCCCAACACGGCCACCGUGGCGCCGUUCAUGUACAGAUCCCAGACGGACGGAGAGGGAACUGUGAUCGCCGAGACCGGCUCAGGAGGAAGAGUUGGAGACGUUUCCUUCACCAAAACCAGCCAGACCUCCACCGAGGACCUUUCAGGCGAGGACCCGGAGACGAGGCGUUUGCGUACCGUCAAAAACAUCGCAGACCUGCGACAGAACCUGGAGGAGACGAUGUCCAGCCUGCGAGGAACUCAGGUCACACACAGUACUUUGGAAACCACCUUUGACGGCAGCGUCACCACAGACAUCAGCGGCGGCGGUGGCGGCAGCGGCAGCACCAACACCGGGGGCGGUCGAAGCAUCCUGAGCCUGACGUCCACCCGCCCCUCGCUGUCAUCGUGGCGGCUGGGCCAGUCCAGCCCUCGUCUGCAGGCGGGCGAUGCCCCCUCUCUGGGGAACGGCUACGGUGGGCGGGUCGGGGGUCAGGGAGGACGCUACCUGUACCCGGGGCACCUCCGCAGACAGCUGGCCGGCAGGGGGGGCGCCCUCUGCAGCGUGGAGCUCCCAGACAGAGCCGGGGAGGACAUGGAUCUGGACGGGAUCGCCAUGGAGGUCACCGGAUACAUGAGUGACGGAGACGUGCUGAGCAAGAACGCCGUGCGCACUGACGAUGUUACCAGCGGCUACAUGACUGACGGAGGUUUGGGCCUCUACACUCGGCGCCUGAACCGCCUCCCCGACAGCAUGACUGCCGUCCGAGAGACGCUGCAUCGGAAUGCAUCGUCGGGACAGGGAGAUGCUGACAGCUGGGAUGACAGCAGCUCUGUGAGCAGUGGCAUCAGCGACAACAUCGACACAGAUGAUAUCAACACCAGCUCCUCCAUCUCCUCUUACGCCAACACACCCGCAGCGCAGCGCAAGGGCCUGAACACACAGCCUGUAACCGAUGCAGAGAAGCACUCUGCCUCCACAGCGGUGCAGCAGGCUUGGUCAGGAGACGAGGUGAAGAGGCCAGACGGCGGGUCAGACAGCGGGGUCAAGAUGGAGCCGGCCUCCAAGUGGAGCCGCCGGAACCCCUCCGACAUCUCCGACGAGUCCGACAAGGGCGGCUCGGGGAGGAAGACCCCCUCCAUGUCCCACACGGGCUCCUGGAGACGGGGCAUGAGCGCGCAGGUGGGGGUGACCUCCCCCCGGACGAAAAGCACCAGCAGCAGCGGCUCCACGGGUUCAGUCGGCCUCAAGACCCACAGCUCAGGGAAGACCGAUGACGUCAAGGUGUCGGAGAAAGGCCACCUCUCUCCUCGCUCGAAUGGCCUCCACCGCUCGCCGUCAGACGCAGGCCGCAGCAGCGGCGAUGAGGCCAAGAAGCAGUCGAUUCCCACCAGCCGCACGCCCACCACGAACGCGCUCGCACACACUGUGUCAGACCCGCACUCCCAGGCGCACACACUGACCUCCCGCACCCCGACCAGCACCUUCGGCUUCAAGAAGCAGGGCGCCGGGAUGGUCACGAUGGUCACCGCCAGCGGCGCCACCAUCACCAGUGGCUCCGCCACCCUUGGGAAGCUGCCUAAAUCUGGGGCGCGCUCGAUUUCCGGAGGACUGAAGUCCGGCGGGCAGGACGGAGGGUCAGCGUUGGGUCACCAUGACGACGGCUUCCUGCCCAUGAGCGCCCGCUCCACGCUGCAGUACCGCAGCCUGCCGAGGCCAAGCCGCUCCGGAGCGGCGGCCCGCAACGGGAACCGCUCGUCCACCAGCAGCAUCGAGGCCGCCGUGCUCUCCGUCACCUCUCAGGGGAAGAACUCCAUCGGCACGGCCAAAGCCAACGGCUCCGGCGUCCUGCUGGCCAACCAGACAGACCGGGAGAAGGGGGUCUCGGAGAUCGACAACCUCAGGAGCGGCGUGGCGAUGCAGGGCGGCGGAGCGGCGACCGUUCCUCUGGCAGGACGGCAGCAGGUUUCCUCGCCUACACUGCGAAGGUUAUUUGGUGGGAAGCCCAGUAAACAGGCGCCAAUCACCACGGCUGAAAACAUGAAGAACUCAACUGUUAUCUCUAACCCCCAUGCGACUAUGAACCAUGUGGCCACGGUGCUGGAGUCCCCAGACGGGGGUCUGGGAGGCGGGGACAGUGAGACCAGCAGCCCCCUGUUUGGUGGCAGAGCGCUGGGAUCAGGGACGGGAACGCUGGGCAGCGAGCAGGCCUCCAGCCCCGGCUCGGUCUACUCCUCCACCGGACCCUCCAACAGCCUGACGUGGGGGACCACCUUCAGCGGCUCGUCGGUCCCGAGCAGGGAGAGCACGCUGGGUGGGCACGGCGGGGCGAACAGCGUGGGCUUCCCUUCAGUCAGCAGCAUGCACACCAGCAGCGAGUCCAUCGACAUGAGCCUGGGCAGCGCCGGCCACGGGACCCACCGGGAGGACACUCUGUCCGCUCUGGGCCGCACCGGGAGCGUCAAGACCGGCAUGUCGGAGAGUCCUCUCUCCUCCCCCUCCGCUAGCCCUAUAUUCAGCCGAAACACUCUGCCUCGGAAGCAGGACAGCGGGACACACUGUGGUAGAAACACUCUGCCUAAGAAGGGACUCAGGUACGGGCCGUCACCACAGCUGCGAGGUCACGAGGAGGCCCGUGAUUGGCUGCGCUCCCACUCCACCAGCGGGCUGCAGGAGUCGGCCAGCAACUCGCCGUUCUCCCCGGGCUCCAGCCUCACCUCCCCCUCCGGCACCCGCUUCAACUUCGGACAGCUCGCGUCGAGUCCCACCUCAGCCGCCCAGAUCAACCUGGCAGGGAUGCGCAACAACAGCCUGACCAACCAAGACGCUCCUUUUGACCCCAGCGACAACCGGCUGAGAAACUCCUGCAUGUCGCUGGACGAGAAGACUCGCACCAUGAGCCGGUCCGGCUCCUUCAGGGACGGCUUCGAAGAAGUCCACGGAUCAUCCCUGUCUCUGGUCUCCAGCACUUCUUCCAUUUACUCCACGAAUGAGGAGAAGUCUCAGUCGGAGAUCCGCAAGCUGCGGCGGGAGCUGGACGCCUCCCAGGAAAAAGUUUCUGCUCUGACGACACAGCUGAGCGCAAAUGCUCACCUGGUGGCAGCGUUUGAACAGAGUUUGGGCAACAUGACCAUCAGAUUGAAGAGUCUCACUCUGACAGCAGAGCAGAAGGACUCGGAGCUGAACGAGCUGAGGAAGACCAUCGAGCUGCUGAAGAAGCAGAACGCCGUCGCUCAGGCCGCCAUCAAUGGAGUCAUCAACACACCUGAGCUCACGCCCAAAGGAGACCGCACAGCCGGCAGUAACGGGAGUCCGCAGCAGCAGCACCAGCAGAACCCGCAGCCGGACCUGCGGAUCAGGAGGCAGCACUCCUCCGACAGCGUCAGCAGCAUCGCCAGCGCCACCAGCCACUCCAGCGUGGGCUCCAACAUGGACGCUGAUGCCAAGAACAAGAAGAAGAACAAGAAGAACUGGCUGCGGAGCUCCUUCAAACAGGCCUUCAGCAAGAAGAAAUCUCCGAAGUCGGCCUCUUCCCACUCAGACAUUGAGGAGAUGACCGACUCGUCGCUGCCGUCGUCCCCCAAGCUGCCUCACAACGGCACAUCGGCCGCCAGCCACAUGCUCAGGAACACACACUCCAACACGCUACUGUCGGAGUGUUUGGACAGCGAGGCCGAGACGGUGAUGCAGCUGCGCAGCGAGCUCAGGGAGAAGGAGAUGAAGCUGACCGACAUCCGGCUGGAGGCGCUCAGCUCCGCACAUCAACUGGACCAACUCAGGGAGGCCAUGAACCGCAUGCAGGUGGAGAUUGAGAAGUUGAAGGCUGAGAAUGACCGUCUGAAGCUGGAGAAUCAGGGCAGCAGGACGGGCUCCCAGGCCUCCAUCUCAUCCUCUCCUCCCGCUCACACACACAGCCAGGCUCCGGCACCCGGCCCGGGAAUCUCCCAGCACAGCCUCAACCUCGCCACCAGUGAAUCCACCAGCCUGGACAUGCUGCUGGAUGACACCAGCGGAGAGGGAGGGGGGAGGAAGGAGGGCCGCCAUGUGAAGAUCGUCGUCAGCCUGGAUGAGGACAGCAAAUGGGAAGAGGAGGGACAAGCUCGGCACUUUCUGAUUGGCUGCAUCGGAGUGAGUGGUAAAACGAAGUGGGACGUAUUGGACGGAGUCGUUCGGCGUCUUUUCAAGGAGUACAUCACCCACGUGGACCCGGUGACCCAGCUGGGCUUGAGUUCAGAAAGCGUGCAAGGUUACAACAUCGGAGAAAUCCACCGGCCGAGCAGCCCCAGCGCAGCCCACACGCCAGAGCUGCUGCCCUGCGGAUACCUGGUGGGAGACAACACCAUCAACAUCCAGCUCAAAGGCGUGAGCAGUGAAAACGUGGACUCGCUGGUGUUCGACACGCUGAUCCCGAAGCCGAUGCUGCAGCGCUACGUCUCCCUUCUGAAGGAGCACCGGCGGGUCAUCCUGUCGGGGCCCAGCGGCACCGGCAAGACCUACCUGGCCAGUCAGCUUUCUCGGCACCUGCUGCUGCUGGAGGGCCGACCUCUGACCCCGCAAGCCGUCGUCACUUUCAACGUGGACCACAAGUCCAGCAAGGAGCUGCGGCAGUACCUGUCAGGUUUGGCCGAGCAGUGCAGCAGGGUGUCUGCAGAAGACAGCCCCCUGGUGGUCAUCCUGGACAACCUGCACCACGUCAGCUCGCUGGGAGAGAUCUUCAACGGCCUCUUCAACUGCAACCAGCAGCACUCCCCGUACAUUAUCGGUACCAUGAGCCAAGCCACGUCAUCUGCCCCCAACCUGCAGCUUCACCACAACUUCAGGUGGGUACUGUGUGCCAAUCACAUGGAGCCUGUGAAGGGAUUCCUCGGCCGCUUCCUGAGGAGGAAGCUGAUCGAGACGGAGAUCGGCAGCCGAACGCGCAACGUGGAGCUGGUGAAAAUCAUCGACUGGGUCCCGCGAGUUUGGCACCACCUCAACCGCUUCCUGGAGAUGCACAGCUCGUCUGACGUGACCAUCGGACCUCGUCUCUUCCUGUCGUGUCCCAUGGACGUGGAGGGAUCCAGGGUUUGGUUCGCUGAUCUGUGGAACUACUCCAUCAUCCCCUACAUGCUGGAGGCCGUGCGGGAAGGCCUGCAGCUUUACGGCCGCAGGGCUGCGUGGGAAGACCCCGCUUCCUGGGUGAUUGACACCUACCCGUGGUCGGCGACGCCCCCGCCAGGCGACUGGCCGCCGCUGCUGCAGCUCCGCCCGGAGGACGUCGGGUUCGAUGGCUACUCUGUCCCCAGGGAGGGCGUCAGGAAGGAGCCGCCGCAGAGCGACAGUGACGCAGACCCGCUGAUGAACAUGUUGAUGCGUCUGAAGGAAGCGGCGACGUCGUCCAGCCCGCAGAGCUACGACAGCGACUCCAACAGCAACAGCCACCAGGACGACAUCCUGGACUCGUCGCUGGAAUCCACUCUGUGAUGCCAUGAAAACGCAACACUGGGAUCUGUUUUGUUUUGUUGUGUUUUUUUGUUUUUUAAUAAGAGGAACUAUUCUCUCAGCCAGAACCUUCUGCUGAGAGUAUCAUGCCACAAAGUCCAGCCACCUUAAAUUGGGUGCAGGUAACCCAAAAGUUUAAAGGAAAAUGCAUUUCAGUGAAUAGACAAAGGUUUUCAAUGCACUGCGCUGUUUUAUUGUUUUGUUUUUUUGGAAGGGGAGGUUUUCUUUUUCUUUUUUUGUUUUGUUUUCACCGCUGUGGCCCGUGGCUCCUCGCGUCAGGAGUCUGUCAUCUACUUCAGACUGAAUAAAAGCACACAGCCUGUCUCUGCCGGUCUUCACCAGCCACCAUCCAGGAAGUCCUCCAUCACCCAUGAACGUGCAGCAUCACAGCGUCUCCUGCAGUGCUGCACGGAUUCCUGCAGAUGGCAGCACAGACCCCGCAUCAGGAGCACCGUCACCACCACCUGCUGAGGACAAGGAGGGCUGCAGAGGGCUGGACGGGAAUGAGCAGCUGCUCUCUGCUCUCUGCUCCUGUGUGGAUGAAUCCAGCCAGAGUGAAUGUGAACUUCUCUGAUACAGCUUUAGUUUAAAUUCCCACCCAAAAAAAAAAAAGAGUUAAAGUGGAACUUAUUGAGUUCAAAGAAAAAGAUCCAUGAGGGACAUGUGUCCACUGAAAGCACAUAAGAGAUGACUAAUAAAAAGUUAAGGAAGGCAAGUUUAUUUAACAUGCACCAUUCAGGCAUAAGGGAAUUCAAACUGCUUUACAAGCACCUGGAAAUGCAUUGAAAUAGAAUAGUGACAGAGCAUUGAAAUUGAAUUUAACAGACAAGAAGUAAAUUCAGCAAAUAAUACAAUAGCAGCAAAAGACCAUUUCAGUUUGUUUUUUUUCUUCACUCACAAGCUGCAGUAAACAAAGUUUUAAAUCAAAUGGUUUCAUCAAGCCAACAUCAAGGCCAAGUGUGAGCGUGUGAAGAUAAACAUAGAAAUUUAAUCAAUAAUAGCCACCAGGUUCUCUAGAACACAAAGCAGAGAAGUAGUUCUAUCAAAAGUGGAGCCUUUACUGAAGAAACGGCAGAAAAUAAUACCAAUGUGCAGCCUUCACGAGCUGAAUAUACAACUUGAAAUGCUGUUAUCUCCAUCAAUGUUUCAUGUGACAAUGGAAAUUAGCACAAUCUGAAAUGCAAAAUGUUUUUAGUUUUACAAGAAGUGGGAAGUUAGCAUUCACCAUGGACAGAUUUGUCUGAAAUGUUGACAUUGUUGUCCACGUUGUCCUUUUUGGUGUUGAGCUUUUUGAAAAUAAUGCCUCUAGAACUUUUAUUUCCUGGACUUCUGAGUAACCCUUUUGCUAUUCUCCAUGCACAUUGGCCCAAGCAGGCUGUUGUAGCACAAAUCUCUUUUUUGGUGCUGGACUGAUUUCUCACAAACAAUGCCUUACUUUUUUCUAGCAGCCUCUGUGCAUUAGCCGAUUCUUCUUUUUAAAUGUCUAUCUUAAUGGCUGUAAGCUUAACAGGGCUCCUAGUCGACCCCCUCCCCGGGGAGCUGCGUCGACCUCUCAUCAUAUCAGUCACCAAUGCAGUGGGAAUGAAGUUGUGAAUGAAAUGCCGUGCUCUGGGUUUCCAUUUCAGUUGUAUGCAUGCAGAACCCACUGCUGAGAACAUGGUGUAAAUACUUGGAGAAAGGAAAACUUAUUUCGAUGUUUUGGUGCUCGAAAUGAGGGAAGCUGAAGAUGUGCCGAUUUUAUACCUCAUCUCCAUCCUUUAGCUGUGUUUUUUUUUUUUCACAACGGUUCUUGUCUGUUUUAUCAUUGUGAUUCGUGAUGAACAAAACUGUCCUAACAUGUUUUGAACUAAUUAAGUGAACACUAGUGUAUGCUGCUUUGUUUAUAGUGAUAUAAUAAUCAGAGGAUAAAGUUAUAAAAGUACUUGUGGUUGAAUGAUGAUGGAAAAGUGGUUUGAUAUUAUUACAGUGGCUUAAAAAAAUAAAUAAAUA